AACAAUUUUUUUAACCAUGGAUCUUAAACUGUUAGUAAUAGGUUUGAUACAGAUGGCAGUGGCGUCUCGGGCUGCAACUCUACAGGACCUCAUGGUGGCAGAUGAUACAAUGUCUCUAGGCUCAUAUAUCAGGCCUGUUAGGUCCCCUGCGCCGGAAGAUUAUCAUAAAUCUUACGAGAACGAAGGAGAUGGUGAGAUCGGGUACUCGCGUAAAAAAACCGGAGGUGGCAAAAAGGGUUACCAGCAUUUUGACUCUUAUCACAAGAAGGCUGGAGACAAUUACGAGUUUCAGAAACAGGAUUCCUUUGGACAUGACGAUGACGGCCAUGCGGGAGCUCAUAGCCACCAAAACGAGAAGAAAGUUGAAGCUUAUCGUGAACCAGAAAGUGACGAAGAAGAACGUGAAUACGUAGAAAACCCAAAGAAAAAAGAACACGAACGUGAAUACGAAGAAAACCCAAAGAAAAAACAUCACGAGGAGUUAAGAGAAGGUCCUAGUAAUGAAGGUGUAGAUGUUGAAGGAUAUGACAAGGCAGAUUACAGUUUACCAGAAAAGUAUACUUAUGGAACAGGCGAAGAAUAUAACUUUAAGUAACUGUAUUUUAUUGCCAAGUAGUAUGAAAGUUGAAAUCGAAUAUGUAAUGAACCCACCAUUAUUUUUACAAGAGACAUGUAUUUUAAGAAUUACUUUAUUAAAUUUAAUUUGAUCCAAUUUUAGUUAAAUAUUUUUAAAUAUUA